CGAGAUUCCGCGUGAGGGGUGGGAGAGGCGUUUCUGGGCGGAGACAGCGCGCUAGUUGUGGCUGGAAGAAGCAGGACGCGUUGGCGGUCUGGCUUUGUGUUCGCGCGAGCAGCAGCAAUAUGAUUCUUUAGGCAUCGGCCGCCUUGCUAGCUUCGGCCGUGGUGCCCCCCCACACCCGCACUUCAUCUUGCCCUUGGCAAAAGGUUUCCUCCGUUCUCACCCUGCUGUGCCUCAUCUGCGGGCAGAUACCUAGAUGACGUGAAGCUGUAGAUCCUGAGGCGCUGAAGGAUACGGCCGUGCUCUGGGGAAACGUCGGCUGCUGUUUCUGGGGCCGCCUGAUCUCCCCACCCCCACCCCCCCCCCGCUGCUCCGCGCGGUCAGCAUCGCAGGUCUCCAGCUGGAUAUCAAACUAUGUGAAGAGACUUAAAAUAAUAUUGUAGACUCCUCAAAUUUUUGAUUGGAAGUAGAGUUGGCGUUGCCUUCUUGAAGGAGAAUGGCUCUUGGAUUAGCAGCCUUUUGCUUAUUGUUGGGGGCCUUAACAGGGUGUUUCUGUGAGCAGUGCAGAGAAGGCGCCAAGUACUCUGAUGCAAUAAUAUCUCCCAAUUUAAAAACAACUAAAAUUAUGCGGGUCCCCCAUGCGGUGUCAAUGUCAGAUUGCAUGGCAGCCUGCUGUGACCUUUCCAACUGCGACCUGUCUUGGAUGUUUGAGCGGCGUUGCUACAUUGUCAAAUGUCAACAUAAAGAAAACUGUGAGCCUAAGAAAAUGGAGAAGGUGAAAUCCUUUUUGACCUUUGUGCAAAGGCCUGCACAGAGACCAACUGCAUUGCUGGGGUAUAGGCAGAUGCCGUCAAAUGUGAUCCGCUCUAUGGCACUGCAAGGUGACCCAUCCGAGGAAGUAAAUAAUCUGAAGGAAUUGUCUUUCCUCAGCGAAGAGCAUAGCCUUGAAGACAUACCAGACUACCCAGAUGAAUACGGGGAUAUGGAGCAGAACCCUUUUCAACUGAGCAUCAAGCAUGAAGAGAAGGAGAAUGUUAAUUAUGCUGACUGGGACUUGGUGGUGACCACUGAAAACCACAUCAACGCUUCGGAACCGAGUAAUGGAGACAAACAAGAAAAACUGGCAGAAAAUGAAGAGAAAGCUCCUUUGAGAAGCGCUACAACUGAAAAUGAAUUUGUAGUGAAUUCUGUCACUGAACAACCCGGAGAGUUGCCAGAGGUUACCUUGGACCCAGUGGAGAAAUCUGAAAGUGAAUUAGAUUUCCAACCAUCUAAAGAAGCCAAUAGCACUUGGGAAGAAGAGGUUCAAACACCUACUUCAGAUAUCGUGGGAUUUCUCUCCCCUGCUACAGCACAAACUCAAACAGGCCUAGGCAAUCUCAUACAAGAUAAAAAUACAGCACUUCCCACCAGUGCUAUCACUACUGAUCAAGUGGCACCAAUCGGCUUCCCACUAGUUCCCACUGCUGCUGCCAAAACAGCUGCAGUAAAAGAACUCUUGGUGUCAACCGGAGAUAACCUACAAGUCACUUUACCAAAAACAGAAGUUGAAUUGCAUGCAUUUGUAGUGGCACCAUCACUUUCAGAGACAGCCUAUAGUUAUGAAUGGAGCUUGAUCAGUCACCCUGAUGACUAUGAUGGUGAAAUUGAGGACAGGCACCAACAAACCCUGACACUUUCUCAACUCCCAGUAGGUGCCUAUGUCUUCAAAGUGACUGUUUCAGCUGAGAAUGCAUUUGGAGAAGGAUUUGUAAAUGUUACUGUCCAGCCAGCAAUCAAAAUAAAUCAGCCGCCCAUUGCUGUUGUGUCUCCCAAAGCCCAGGAGAUUUCUUUCCCUACCACUUCUGCUUUCAUUGAUGGAAAUCAAAGCACAGGUGAUACUAAAAUAGUGAGUUACCACUGGGAGGAAAUUGAAGGUCCCUUGAGAGAAAAGAAGAUAUCAGCUGAUACAGCCAUUUUACAUCUGUCUAACCUCAUUCCUGGCAAUUAUACUUUCAGGCUAACGGUCAUUGACUCCGAGGGAGCCACUAACUCCACGACAGCCUCUUUGCAAGUCAACAAACCUGUGGAUUAUCCACCUGUUGCCAAUGCAGGACCCAAUCAGACAAUCAACUUGCCUCAGAACUCCAUUACAUUGAAGGGAAAUCAGAGCAAUGAUGAUUAUGGGAUUGUAAGUUACGAGUGGUCCCUGAGUCCCAAAAGUAAAAGCAAGGUGGUAGCAAUGCAGGGAGUAAGAAGUCCUUAUCUCCAGUUGACUGCAAUGCAAGGAGGAGUCUACACAUUCCAACUGACUGUGACUGAUUCUGGUGACCAGCAGUCCACAGCUGAAGUCACAGUGACUGUCCAGCCUGAAAACAAUAGCCCUCCAGUAGCUGUGGUUGGCCCAGAUAAGGAGUUGACAUUUCCUGUCCAGAGCACUAUUCUUGAUGGAAGCAAGAGCACUGAUGACUUUGGCAUUGUUUACUACUGCUGGGAGAAUAUCAGUGGGCCAAACUUUUUGCAGAUGGAAAAUGUUGAUAGUGCAGUAGCCACUGUUACAGGUCUACAGCUUGGAACCUAUCAUUUCAGACUGACAGUAAAAGACAGUCAAGGACUAAGCAGCUCUACCACGCUUUCUGUGACUGUUAAGGAGGAGCGCAACCAGCCACCUAAGGCUCAUGCAGGAGACCAACACACUCUUAUUCUUCCCAAUAACUCUGUUGCAUUGGAUGGUUCACAAUCUGCUGAUGACCAAGGAAUUGUGUCCUAUCUCUGGAUUCGGGAUGGCCAGAGCCCAGCGGCUGGAGAUGUGAUACAUGGGUCAGACCAUGAGGCAGUGUUGCAGCUAACCAAUCUUGUGGAAGGAAUCUAUACUUUUCACUUGAAAGUCACCGAUGGCAAGGGAGAGUCAGACAUGGACAGCACUGUUGUGGAAGUACGGCCUGACCCCAAGAAAAAUGGCCUUGUGGAACUGAUCUUGCAAGUAGGAGUUGGACAGUUGACUGAACAACAGAAAGAGACUCUUGUGAGACAGCUAGCAAUGCUGCUGAAUGUCUUAGAUCCAGACAUUAAAGUUCGGAAUAUACACGCUUAUUCUGAUAUCAGCACGGCUGUUGUAUUCUACGUGCAGAAUGGGCAUCCUUACCAGCUGAUAAAGGCUUCAGAUGUUGUGCAGAUGUUGCGUUUUAAACUCUUGAAGGAGAAGCCAGACUUCUUACUUUUUAAAGUACUUCGUGUUGAUACGGCUGCUUGCCUUUUAAAAUGCUCUGGACAUGGACACUGUGAUCCCAUCACAAAGCGUUGCAUUUGCUAUCAACUGUGGAUGGAAAAUUUGAUACAGUGGUACCUAAAUGAUGGCGAGAGUAACUGUGAAUGGAGUAUACUCUAUGUAACGCUCACUGCUUUCAUUUUGAUUGUGCUAAUGGUGGGAUUAGCCUGGCUCUGCAUCUGCUGCUGCAAAAGCAGAAAGAGGACUAAAAUAAGAAAGAAAACAAAAUAUACAAUUUUGGAUAACAUAGAUGAUCAGGAGAGAAUGGAACUCAGGCCCAAAUAUGGUAUAAAACACAGAAGUACAGAACACAACUCCAGCCUGAUGGUUUCAGAGUCUGAGUUUGACAGUGAUCAGGACACCAUCUUCAGCAGAGAGAAGAUUGAAAGAACCCAGGGAACAUCAUGAAUUGUUCUAUUAAAAUGGUGUGUCCUUCAGCUGCAGUUCAAAGGACAGAUAAAUAAAUAUGUAUGUAAUGAAAGGACAUGUUGACUUGACAGAGUAAGGAUAUGCUGAUCCUCCUUUUUUUAUUUUCUUAAAACUAUGCCAGGGACAGCAGGAAUGUUACAUUUCCAGCCUAGAGGGGGAAACAGACACAAUGGAUUUGUGUAUUUGUUGAAGGAUCAAAGAGAAAAUGUCUUUUAACUCACCAUAUGGGAUACAUGCAGUGAUUUUGAAGCCUAAAUUACUGGAUUUGGCAAUCCUGUGAUGUCUCCUGGACACCUACAGGUUGUUGCUGAAGUCCCAGCCAAGACUGUUAUAUUACAUAGGGUUAUAUUUUGAAGCUACCUUAUAAUAUCCUUUUCCAGGCACAGAAAGCUGUGGCUAUGCAUCUAUCUGAAAUUAUUGACAAGUAUGCAAAUUUACCUUAGUCAUUAAAAACAGUGUAUGGCUACAGCUUCUGUUUGCUUCAUACAUCACCCUCAGCUGAACAGAUAAGGAGACAAUGAAGCAAUGUUGGUGAUGCAGUGCUAAACUCUGCUUGGUAUGGCAAUGCAGUUCAAUCACUUUAUAAAGCCCAGGUAUCCUUCAUCCCAGCACUGGCCAAGACCUAGACUAAAUUGGCUUCAGUAUGAUUGCUGUAUCCUCAGCCUUCAGACCUGGCCCUGCUGAAGCUAAGCAAGUCUUGGUCUGGUCAGUGCUGGAUGCCCAAGAACCCAUGUGUGCUGCCUUGCAUUCCAUGGGGAAAGGUGGGAAAUCAAAUGUAUGCAGUCCUAAUAGACCCAACGUAUAGUUUAUGAAAACAUUUGUGACAUUUUCAGGGGCCAUCUCACACAGGGCAUUUUUCCUAAGUGGAGAUAAUUUCAAAGUGAAAAGCUCUCAUUUCCAGAGCUAAAUAAGUAUUUUCCCUUCACGGUGGGUAUCUCUAAGUAGGGAAGUGCUUGAAGCGGUCCGGAGGCCAUUAGAGACCUCUGAACUGGUUCGAACGUGGCCCGGUCCGGUACAGGGGUGGUGGUUCUUUAAGGACGGUGGGGUUGCCCUUACCCCUCCCGCUGCUUUUCCCCAGCCGGUGCUUCGUUUCUCUGAGAUGUUUUUGGGGCAGCAGCAUUCCUCCCUGCCGCCCCUGCCACUGUUGUUUGCCGGAAAUACCAGAAGUACUGGUUGCGCGUGCACUCGCCUCGCACGUUGCAUUUGACAUGCAUAUGCAACGUGCGCCAUUGGUGUGGUGACUGGUACUUCCAGCAAACAAUGGGGGCAGGGAGGAACACGGACACCCCAAAAACAUUUUGGAAAAACAGAGCGCUGGUGGGGGAAAAGCAACAGGAGGGAUAAGUGCAGCCCCCUCUUUAAGGGAGACCCCCACCAGUGCCAGACCGUGCCACCAUGCACAUGCCUAUCUCUUAGAAACACAUUAGGAAUGCAGUGACCCUAAUGUUCUUUCCAAGUACUCCUUACAAGGCUAGUUCUUUGUAAGCUUCCUCUUAAGGCACCCCCAGCUUGUAUACGCUGUGUCUUCUUUGUUUUAAUAAUGUAACUCAAACAUGCUUGCUUACUCCAGAGAGCUAUGGAUCCAUUCAAAGCACAAAAAGAAUUGCCAGCCUCAAUCUCAUUUGCUUUUUGAUAGAGAUUUAAGUCUCUAAUUAACAAAACCCAUCAAAUGUUAAUAUCCAGUCAUUCACGGUGUGGUGGCACACAAUUCCGUGGCCAUUACCUUCACACACUGCACCUUUUACUACAUAAAUGCCUGCAAGGCACUCUUCAUUAUGAGAGGGGAGGGGUGUGCACCUGGAAGGCGGUGCAGUGCUCCUUUGAGCCCAAAGCUGCAUUGUCAUGUGGUCCCUGAUAGUGUUGUGAGUGGGGUUGUGAGUGGGGAUUGGCCUCACAACAUUAUCCCCAAUGCAGGGCUUUUUCUCCACAUGAAUGAACAGCAGCUGUUUGCUUCUGUGGAGGAAAGUAAAGGGGGCUGCCACUGGGGAAAAUGACCAAACUUGCCUUCUGGUGACACUAUCUGUCUAAAAUAAGUAUUUCAGAUACUUCACUGUUAAAAUAUGCAGUGUGCUUGUCAAAGAACUUGAACCUGACUUUCUACUGAACAAUGAUUUGGCAUUUAAUAGCAAGCACAGUAUGUAUAACUCCUUAUUCUGCCUUUUGAAUCCUGAGAGUGAAUCCGAUACAGAACACUUCAGUGGCUAUGACAUGUUCAUAUCACUCUAAAACGGUAAAUGUGCAAGACUAAAAGCCAAAUUAAAAAUGACAGGGGCAAUCAUCUUCAUUUACAUGCAAGAUGGGAGGAGAACUAGGCAAAAAGCAUGUAGGGCAAUGAACUACAGGGAGGGUAGGGGGUUCAGCCUCCCCUCACUUGAGCAAAGUACUGGUAACUGAAUAAUAAGCACAGCUGGCCCACGUUCUUUUUAGUCUGGCCAAACGAUUUAUUCCAGAUGAGGAGCUUGGCUCUCCUUGGUAAGAGGGGAAGUAUGAGAACUAGAUUUAGGGAACGUUUCCUCCCCCCCACCCAUUCCUUUUGCGAUAUAAGCUGCUUUGUGAACUUUUGUUGAAAGAUGUUAUAUAAAUUUGUAUAUUUAUUCAAAGUUUACAUGAAGUAUUGUAUAUACUUUGUUGGCCCCGGCCCCUCAUGGUUGGAGGAGCAAUGUGCUCAAAAAGACUUUUGACUGCAGAUGCUAAAGGACUGGAAGAAUGGUCUAACAUGCAGGGGCUCCCAAGAAUAGGUUAACCUCUUCUGGGGGUUGUAGCAUGUGGCCAGUAAGCAAGAGCAAAAUUAAGAAUUUUCAUAGAACUUGUUUAACAAACAAGAACCAGUUGUCCUUAUGUCUGCACAUAUGUCUAGAUGCAUGCACAUCCACUUUCUUGGUGCUUGUCCUAAAUAAAAAUCUGUAUAAAAUGUUAAAAUGAAAUGCCAAAGAAUGCAUCCAUUGUCUUGAAGAUGUGGGCAAUGAGUUGAACUAAGAUCUUAAAAUAUGUAUCCCUGCUGGUAAAUGUGUGAUAACAAAACUUUUUAAAAAUGUGAUUAUAGUAUACUGGGGCUCUUUCAACUUCAGUGCAGAUUACCACAAAACAAACCAACAAAAAACAGGAAAUCCAUACUAGGAAGGACAUUGUGUUAUAUUCUUAGUUCCAUCUGUUGGCAAUCCAUGAAACUACUUUUUUUCAAGUUAGAAUAAAAAGUGUACAAAGAAGUUGGUCAUUUCACAGAUCAUCAGCAGAUGGCGCUAAGAUUAUUAUACCAUCUUUAUUCCGGUCUUUGACCUGCAUCAGGUAAAAAUAUAAAAGCUAUGAAAUAACAUUGAAAAAAUAAUCAUCUGUCUAGAAGCUGUGGAAACAUGAACUAUAAAGUUAAGUGGUGGUGACAAAGCUAAAAGGUUAGGACAACAGCUAUAAACUAUAAUAAAGGUAAGAUACAUAAAAUUGUGUUUUAAAACACAACUAGCGUAUAAAACUAGUCUAUAAGAGGCUGCAAAAAUAUAUUAUGCAACGCUCUUGGUGUGGCUUUCUCAUUUUAUUUUCUGUGGUAACAUUGGAAUAUAUGAGCAUCUGGAAGUGACUAAAGGUUUAACAUCUGUGUACCUACUUUUCUCAAAAUAUAUAGUUCAGCAGUAGUUUUCUUUGUUUUAGGUCUGCUGAAAACUUGUGACUUAUCUACAAGCUUGCAUAUUCUUUUACAACCAGAAGUUGGGCAAUAAAAUAUGAUUCUCCCA